AAAGGCUAAUCAAACUCUCAGACGGUCUCUUCGACGCAACAGAGUUGGUACUGUGGUACUUUGCGGUGUUGAUGUAAAUUGAUCAACAACCAAAUCACUCCGUCGCUCAACAAUCGUUUACAAUCAACAAUCUCAAAAGGGGUAGUUGGGUUUCUGUCAGAUUAGUCUCUGUUGUUUCAAUUUGGGGGAUCAAUGUCGCUUUUGAAUCAACUCUUCAACAGAGGCAUUCUUGGCGCUAAAUGCAAAACAUGCUUGAACUUGGCAAUCGCGCGAAUUAAAUUGCUGCAAAACAAGAGAGACAAUCAGCUCAAACUUAUGCGCAAGGAGAUUGCCCAAUUUCUGCAUGCUGGCCAAGAAGCCAUAGCUCGAAUCCGGGUUGAACAUGUUAUACGGGAACACAACACAUGGGCUGCAUAUGAAAUAUUGGAAAUGUUCUGUGAAUUCGUUCUUGUACGUGUUCCUGUUCUUGAUAGCCAGAAGGAGUGUCCUUUGGAAUUGCGGGAAGCUGUUGCAAGCAUAAUCUUUGCUGCUCCUAGAUGUUCAGAUUUGCCAGAUUUGUUGCAUGUCAGGACCUUGUUUGCUGCAAAGUAUGGGAAGGAGUUCAUAGCUGCUGCCUCUGAACUUCGGCCUGACACGAGUGUCAACCGCACGAUAAUUGAGAAACUUUCCGUUAGUGCUCCAUCUGCAGGAGUAAGGCUCAAGGUACUGAAAGAAAUUGCACAAGAGUAUAACGUGGCUUGGGAUUCUUCUAAAACAGAAGCAGAAUUUAGUAAAAGUCCUGAGGAUCUGCUGAAUGGACCAAAGCCCGUACCUAGUGCUGCACUUUCUCGAGCUCCCUCCAAACAGGAUCCUCCUGAACAUCCACCUUCUAGCAAAGCACAUCCUAUCAUGUCUACGGAUAAUAAACUAGGAGUCCAGUAUCAACAAUCACAAAGCCCUGGCAUGCCCUUGUUGGGUUCGGAGGGAACUGCACCAUCAGUUAAGGAUUGUAAUAUAGCACACGUUAGUGAUCCUAAAAUGGAGACAAUUCCACAUUCAUCCAGACCACAAUCAUCGGAUAUUUUGGAGAGAGCUCAAGCUGCUAUUGCUGCUGCGGAUCGUGCAUCAGCUGCUGCCCGUGCAGCUGCUGAGUUGGUUAAUGUUAAAUUUGGCUCUUUGAAAGUAGAAGAAAGCAAGAGUUAAAAGUUCUCCGUUGGAUUAUUUUGCUUUAAAUACGAAAGAUAAAAGAUCAAGGCAAUGCGUUCUUGACAUUCCUUGGGUUGGGUUAGGAGAAAUGUAUAUCCUCUGCUAAACUUUUAUCGAGUGCACUGUGGUGUUAUUAUAUAAUUUUCGAGCCGUUAUAUGUUCUUCUGGUUAAGAACCGAAGUGUUUACUUGUAAAAUGCAUUAUAUAAUGCUCUUUUCUCAGUUGCUAUCGUGUAUCUUAUUUUAGGUUCUGAUUAUUGAAUUGUGUAACUUGUAAUGCUUAUCAAUAUGAACUUGCACUUUUUGCA